AUGAGAAGGGGAGCGCAGGAUCGGGAGAUGAUCAGAACGACGGAAGGAGAAUGAACUACCGUCCAAUACGCUGCUGAGCGUGCUUUACAAGCGAUUAUUCUCACUCGCAUAUCAAGGACACUGGAUGAAACCCGAUUUCACAAGGGAUUCAGCAGCAUGGUUCGUAUCGACGGUUUCGAGGAUUCUCGAGGAAGUGUUGCAGCGUCGUGCCAUACUGUCAGCGCCUAUCGACCAAGUGGACCUAUCUCACUUCCGAAGGGGUCUGAAAAGGCGACAGACGUCGCCAAAGCUGUUUUCCGCCGCCCUGUAGUGGGUGAUGAAAUCACUGGAUUGAAUAAUGUUAGAUUCCUCUCACACCUUCGUUUUGCGGACGACAUUGUUCUCUUUCGAGAUGUGAAAUCAAUGUCUUGUCUUCGUGAUCCAGCGAAUUACAUCUCUAAGGCAAAACAUCAAUGGGCGUCAUAUAAUGAGAAGGACAGACGACAGAUGGACACUAAACUCUGGAAUGGAUUUCUCGCGAGGCAAAACUUCCUCGAGGAAGGCCACCCACCAGAUGGGCUGACAUGUGGACCAGCCGAAUUCUCAGUUGGUAACGUGUAA